CAGUUAGGAUAAUUAACUAUUUAAGAUCCAAUAAGAAUCAAAUCAAUCGCUUUAACAUUUUCACACGAUCCCUUCUUUCUCCACUUUCUCUGUCAUUUCCCAAACAAAGACAUGUCGUUGAGGCCCAGCACUCGGACGGAGGUGAGAAAGAAGGGCUACAAGACCGGCGUCGAUGCCGAGGAGGCGCGGCGGCGGAGAGAGGACAAUCUGGUGGAGAUCAGAAAGAACAAAAGAGAAGAUAAUUUGUUGAAGAAGAGGCGUGAAGGUCUCUUGCUUCAGUCUCAGCCACUUCUUGAUGCCUCUCAAAACACCGCCGCCGCCAUUGAAAAGAAGUUGGAAAGUAUUCCUUUGAUGGUACAAGGAGUGUGGUCCGAUGAUCCUUCAUCACAGUUGGAGGCAACUACACAGUUUAGAAAGCUCUUAUCAAUUGAACGUAGCCCUCCAAUUGAUGAAGUAAUUAAAGCUGGUGUCGUCCCUCGCUUUGUGCAGUUUCUUGGUAGGCAUGAUCUGCCCCAGCUACAGUUUGAAGCUGCAUGGGCAUUGACCAAUGUUGCAUCAGGGACAUCAGAGCAUACACGAGUUGUCAUUGACCAGGGUGCUGUUCCUAUGUUCGUGCAGCUCCUUAGCUCUGGCAGUGAUGAUGUCAGAGAGCAGGCUGUAUGGGCUUUGGGCAAUGUUGCUGGUGACUCCCCUAAUUGUAGGGAUCUUGUUCUUGCUAAUGGUGCUCUCGUGCCAUUACUAUCUCAGCUUAAUGAGCGUUCAAAACUAUCCAUGCUGAGGAAUGCUACAUGGACUUUAUCGAAUUUCUGCCGUGGCAAGCCACCAACACCAUUUGAUCAGGUGAAGCCAGCGUUGCCAAUUCUACAGAAACUCAUCCAUUUGAAUGAUGAAGAAGUUCUAACAGAUGCAUGCUGGGCUCUCUCGUAUCUUUCAGAUGGUCCAAAUGACAAAAUUCAGGCAGUGAUUGAAGCUGGCGUCUGUCCACGUCUUGUGGAGCUUUUGCUGCAUCCAUCACCUACAGUUCUGAUACCUGCUCUUCGAACAGUAGGAAACAUUGUUACUGGAGAUGAUGCACAAACUCAGUUUGUAAUUGAUAACCGAGUGCUCCCUUGUCUGUAUCAACUUCUUACGCAAAAUCACAAAAAAAGCAUCAAGAAAGAAGCUUGUUGGACAAUCUCAAAUAUUACAGCUGGGAACAGAGCUCAAAUACAGUCUGUUAUUGAGGCCAAUAUUAUCCUUCCUCUUGUACACCUUCUCCAACAUGCAGAGUUUGAGAUCAAGAAGGAGGCUGCAUGGGCAAUCUCAAAUGCCACCUCUGGAGGUUCUCACGAACAGAUUCAAUUUCUGGUGAGUCAAGGGUGCAUCAAACCACUCUGCGAUCUUCUGGUUUGUCCGGACCCAAGGAUUGUAACGGUGUGCCUUGAAGGGCUUGAGAACAUUUUGAAGGUGGGUGAGGCUGACAGGGAAAUGGGAAUGAACAAUGGAAUUAAUCUCUAUGCCCAAAUGAUUGAUGAGUGUGAGGGAUUAGAUAAGAUUGAGCAACUGCAGAGCCAUGACAACCAUGAGAUUUAUGAGAAAGUCGUGAAGAUUUUGGAGAGAUACUGGGCUGAGGAAGAAGAGGAGGUACAGAAUCUCCCAGAUGGAAAUCAGCAGCAGGGAUUUGCUUUUGCGAACAACCAGCCCAACCUUCCACCUGGUGGCUUCAAUUUUGGUUGAAGUAUUAGUAUAAGGAUCUGCUUACUAUCUUCAUAGGCAUUGUUACUCUUGCAGUGAUUUUUUUGUUUUUGUUUUUUUGGGAACUUUAGUAAAAUUUGUUAGGGGCCAAGGGUCAGGAUUUUUGGUCUGGCACAUAGGCUUUUGUUUGUCUAUGGAAAAUAUGUUAAAAGCCUUAAGGCUUUAAGCUUGAAGUUUCCAACUUGGUUUGUAUUUUCAUAUUCAUAGGAAAAUUUGUUCUUUGUGAUUGAGUUGAUGUGUAAUUGAUAUUUUGCAACAUAUAAUUUUAUCUUGCUUUGAACUUAUGGA